AUGGCGCCCGCCCAGCCCGAGCUCAAGAAGUACCUCGAUAAGCGCUUGUUUGUCCAACUGAAUGGCAGCCGCAAAGUGAUUGGUGUCCUACGCGGAUACGAUGUUUUCCUGAACAUUGUUCUUGACGAUGCGUUUGAAGAGACUGAUGGCGGUAACAAGACAAGACUAGGCAUGGUGGUCAUCCGUGGCAACUCAGUUGUCAUGCUGGAAGCAAUGGAGCGCAUCGGCGGCGACGACCGACAACACCGAUAG